CGGUUCCUUAUCCGUUUCCCGGCUUUUCUGUUGAUGCGUUGUUGCGCAAUAAUGAAGUUUGAUGAGGACAUUUAGGCUAUUGAGAUCGACGUGCCUGGCAACUUUUAGAAAAUAAAAAAAUGGAUCCAAACAAGCCACGGUUUCCUGGCUUGCCCGGUGCCCCCCGCAUGCCAUGGAUGCAGCAGCAGGCACGGGGCAGAGGUCUGCUCCCAGAAGAACCAGCUAUAGGUCGUGCCCGGGGGCUGCCAUUGCCCGAGGAGCCUGGCUAUGGCCGUGCUAGGGGCAUGCCCUUACCCGGUCCCCCUCCUGCAUUGCAGUAUGGCAGAGGGACACCGUACGCUGUUGGGGAGCGCCCUGUGGGGUUUGCCCGGGGGCUGGCCUUGCCAGAUCAAGAGUGCGGGUUGGGCCGUGCCCGAGGGCUGCUCCUCUCCGCCACUGAGCCGAGUGUUGGGCAUUCGGGUGAAUCGCGUCCUCCAAGCCAGGUGACUGGUUUUGGGCAGCCUGGGCCACAAGCCCCCCCGGAGCAGCGUGCUGUGACAGACCUCCCUACAGAUAUGCCAGGUCUGCAGGCAGAAGAGGAAGGAGUCCCCAACAUAAAGCAGGUGCCAUUGCCCGCCCCCUCAGUAUCAUUGGUGUCCAUGUUUCGGGGGAUGGGGAUUGAGCCCGUCAAGACUUCCUGGGGGAGGGGAGUGCCAUCUCUAGGGCGGGGAGCGUUCGGAGACGCCGACACAGAGCUGAAAUCAACCGCGACCCCCGUGAGAGAGAGGUGGGCGGAGGAGGUGGGACGUGGAAGUGUCCUGGGACAGAUGGUGGGCGUCGGGCGGGCCGCACCUUCACCCAUGAGCUGGGGGAGGGGGCCCAGUGCGUCCCCUUUUCUUGCCCCCACCACCCUCCCAUCGCCUGCCCCGCCUUUCCCUGAGCCCGCUCUGCCUGUGAUGAAAGAGACCUCGAAGCCCGCAGGAAGCCCUCCCCCACCCGCUGUGCCCAAAGGAGAGCUCAAGAUGGAGGCCCCACACGAGCCGCUGGAAAAGAGAGGCACCAAAGGAACCCCUCUGCACAUCGGCUCAAACCACAUCCCAAUCUGCUGCAAGAACGAGGCAGUCUUUCAGUACCACGUCACGUUCACGCCGAAUGUGGAGUCCAUGGGCAUGCGGUUCGGGAUGAUGAAGGACCACCGCUCCACCACAGGGGAAGUGAUCGCCUUCGACGGCUCCAUCCUCUACCUCCCUGUCAGGCUGGACGAGGUGGUUUACCUGAAGAGUGAAAGGCGCACAGACAACCAGGAGAUCGAGAUCAAGAUCCAGAUGACCAAAAUCCUGCCGCCCAACUCGGACCUGUGCAUCCCAUUCUACAACGUGGUGCUGAGGAGAGUCAUGAAGAUCUUGGGGUUGAAACUGGUGGGAAGAAAUCACUACGACCCAAAAAGUGCGGUUAUUCUCGGAAAGCACAGGCUGCAGGUGUGGCCGGGCUACGCCACGUGCAUGAAGCGCACGGACGGAGGCCUGUACCUGUCUGCCGACGUGUCCCACAAGGUUCUGCGCAACGACUCUGUGCUGGACGUCAUGAACGUGAUCUACGAGAAGAGCAGGGAGAGCUUCCAGGACGAGUGCACCAAGGAGCUGAUCGGCAGCAUCGUCCUCACCCGCUACAACAACCGCACCUACCGCAUCGACGACAUCGAGUGGGCCAAGUCCCCGAAGGACACCUUCACCAUGGCGGACGGGUCACAGAUCUCCUUUCUGGAUUACUACAGCAAAAACUAUGGGAUUACCAUAAAAGAGGUGGACCAGCCUCUGCUUGUGCACAGGCCCAAAGAGAGGUCAAAGCCAAGGGGAAAGGUGAUUACUGGAGAAAUCCUUCUCCUUCCAGAGCUCUCCUUCAUGACUGGAAUCCCUGACAAAAUGAGGAAGGACUUCCGGGCAAUGAAGGAUCUGACGAUGCACAUCAACGUGAGCGGGGAACAGCACACCCACUCGCUGAAGCAGUUGCUCCAGAACAUCAACUCGAACAAGGAGGCCCUGACCGAGCUGGCACGCUGGGGCCUGGACAUCGGCAACAACAUCCUGGUGACUCAAGGACGGACCCUGCCCAUGGAGACUAUCUGCAUGCAGUCGGCCUCCUUCGUCACGACCGCUGAUGUCAGCUGGUCCAGGGAGGUAGUCAGGGAUGCUUCCAUCAGCUGUAUUCCCCUGAACUGCUGGGCCGUGUUCUACCCGCGGCGCUGUGCCGAGCAGGCAGAGGAGCUGGUGGCCACCUUUGGGAAGGUGGCAGGGCCUAUGGGGCUACGACUGGACCGACCAAUCCGCGUGGAGCUGAGAGACGAUCGCACCGAAACUUACGUCAAGAGCAUCCACUCCCAGCUGACCAGCGAGCCCAACCUCCAGAUGGUAGUGUGCAUUAUGACGGGCAACAGAGACGACCUGUACAGCGCCAUCAAGAAGCUGUGCUGUGUGCAGAGCCCUGUCCCCUCUCAGGCCAUAAAUGUCCGGACCAUUUCCCAACCGCAAAAACUGAGAAGUAUCGCCCAAAAGAUCCUGCUGCAGAUGAACUGCAAGCUGGGAGGGGAGCUGUGGACUGUGAAUGUCCCACUGAAACAACUAAUGGUGAUUGGAGUCGAUGUCCAUCAUGACACAAGCAAGAAGAACCGAUCAGUCAUGGGCUUUGUGGCAAGUCUGAACAGUUCACUGACAAGAUGGUAUUCAAGAGUGGCAUUCCAGAUGCCCAAUGAGGAGAUAAUCAACGGCUUCAGGGUGUGCCUGCUUGCAGCCUUACAGAAGUACUACGAGUUGAAUCACACCUUCCCGGAGAAGAUUGUGGUGUAUCGGGACGGUGUCUCAGACGGCCAGCUUCCAACUGUGGAAAAAUUUGAGAUCCCACAGCUGCUCAAGUGCUUCGAGACGUUCCCCAACUACGAGCCCAAACUGGCGUUCAUCGUGGUCCAGAAGAGGAUCAGCACCACGCUGUACUCCUGCUGCGACGAGCGCUUCGGGACCCCCCCUCCCGGGACCGUCCUCGACCACACGGUCACCAACAGGGAAUGGGUGGAUUUCUUCCUAAUGGCUCAUCACAUUCGCCAGGGCUGCGGCUUGCCGACGCAUUACAUCUCUGUGUAUAACACAGCCAACCUUACUCCUGACCAUUUGCAAAGAUUGACCUUCAAGAUGUGCCACAUGUACUGGAACUGGCCAGGCACCAUCCGCGUGCCCGCACCCUGCAAAUACGCCCACAAACUGGCCUUCCUGUCGGGCCAGUACCUGCACUCUGAGCCCGCGAUCCAGCUCUCAGAUAAGCUGUUCUUUCUCUAAACAGCAGGUUGACCUGAGAGGCUGUAUCCUGCCUUUAACCUGUUUUAUGGCGUACAGCCACAACAUGGUCAACUCUCAGAACACAAGUUUGUUAAAUGUUACGUUUUGGUUAUUCAGUCAUAACAGUAUUCCUUUAUUUAUUUUUAUAUCUAACAGCUGCAGUUGUAACUCUGUUGGUGUGAAUUAAACAACUUUUCCUUUAAA